AUAUUUUUAUAUAAUUCGUGUAUUUAUUUUUAUCACAAGCAACCCCUCGUAUUAUUGUAACAAAAAAAAAAACCCUCGUAUUAUAAAACCAGCAUAAAUUCAUGCAUACUUAGACAAAAAACAAAUCCCAUUCUUCUACCAAAAAGCAGCAAAACAGGUGGAUCUUAAUCCUUCAAAAUAACAUGGAGGAUCCUAAUAAUGGUCAAUAUGCUUCUCCUCCGGAUGGGGGACAACUAAGAGCUGUGAAAAGCAAUGGCAUAACUAAGGGGGUGAACACAUAUCAUACAAGAGUAAACAACAUACUCAAAUAUUCCUCCGUUCAAACUACCACCUCCUCUCCUAUCAAUCUAGGUCCCUCAUCGACUCAAGUUACCUACCACGAAACCACAUAUGAUCCUUCUUCUGCGACAGCUAUCAUUUUAGAAAGUGAGAAUCCUUCUUAUGGAGCAGCUAUCACUUUAGAAGUUGAGGGUCAAGACAUUAAUGUCGUAAAAGAGCCCCAUACUACUUUUGGUACCGAAAAGUCACGAGGAUUUGUUAACAUUGUCGAAGAUGGUGAUGAUGUUGCUUCCUCCUUUGAUGUCAUCCUCAAACUAUUGGAUCCCACACCAUCAUAUGUGUUUGAUGGGUCUUCUUCUUCGACGAUUGAAACCACUCCCGACAAUCAUGGGGUUGUGAACCUUUUCAGAGAAAUAAAAGAAAUAUUCUCCAAUUCUACUAAUGUGAGCUCCUUCGACCAGACCACCACUAUUAGGGUGCACUAUCUUGUAGAGAAACUUCGACCCCUUCGUCUUCAACUUCAUGGGGCCAACCAAGAAGCUUUUAUUGCAUUUGAAAAAUUCUUUACCUCUUUGGAGGCCAAUACCACUCUACUUGCUGUGAUACCUACCCAUGACCAUGUCACUACCUCCAUGAAUGAAAUUCGACGGGAAGCUUUGGCGUCGAAAACAGCUGCAGAAACCUUGGUCGAGACAAGGGAUCAAAAGAGGCAUGACAUUUCAAAUAGGUCAAAUAAGAUAGACUUGCUUGAACAUCAAUUGGCUGAACUUAAGCAAGCACAAAUUGAUGAUACAAAUGAAAUCAAUCGGAUAUCCUCAAAACUAGCACAAGGGAUGGAAGUCAGCAAGGCUGUUUUUACGAGAGUAGUGUCCGUUAAGGAAACUCUCGCGGCACUUUCCUUCAGCUAUAAUAGGGCCAUCGCAGUUCAUCAAGAGUUGGAGACUUUGCUCACAGAGGCGGUUCGCCAUGCUUCUAUAUAGCCUUUAUCAAUUUUUGAUAUUUUUUCUUUCAAAUUUUCAAGGAGGAAACCCACUUGGGUUGGUGCAUUGGUAUUGACUUGGGACCUAGGAGUGUGCUCCUCUUGAGGUCUGAGGUUCGAUUCUCUCUAGUGCUAAUUUGGGUGGGCUAAUUUAACUUCUUUAAAAAAAACUUCCAAGGAGGAUGCAAAAAGACCCCGAUGUCUCUCUUUUUGGUGUGGUGCCCAUGGGUUGUUAGCUUGUGGUUGGUUGCUCCGUUUGUACUGCUACUUCGGUGUUGCUUUGUUGUUCCUACUCGGGCUUUUAUAUUUGUAGAUUUGCUUUCUUUAUUGUUGGUUGUUUCUUUUUGUUCUCUUUUUUUAGUGUACUCUUUGUCUUUUGAUCUUUGAAGCUCUUUAUUUAUAUAUAAUUUAUUUGCCUUUCAAGCAAAAAAAAUUAGUAUCUUAAUUUUUA